AUGCCUCCCCACUUUGUCGACGACAAGACUCCCAUCUGCCUACCCUUCAUCCUCUCCCAGCUCAAGCUACACCGCGAGGAGGCGCCUGACCGUCCCUUCGUCAUAGGCCUCAAUGGCAUCCAGGGCGCUGGCAAGUCGACUCUCGUCAAGGCCUUGUGCCUAGCCCUUGAGGAAGAAAAUGUCCCGACUCUUGUUUGCAGCAUAGACGAGUUUUACCUCACCCGCGCAGACCAGGUUGCCCUAGCCGAGUCUCACCCAGACAAUGCCCUCGUGCAACAUCGGGGGGAACCCGGAACCCAUGACUUGCCUCUUGCAAAAGCCUUCUUUGAUGCUCUCCUCAAGGGAGAACCUGCCAAGUUGCCCAAGUACGACAAGGCCAUCUCUGGUGGCAAAGGUGACCGCCUUCCAGAGUCAGAAUGGACCCCCGUCAAUCAGCCAGGCCAACCCAAGGUCCAGGCAAUCAUCCUUGAGGGCUGGUGUGUCGGCUUCCGUCCUCUCACUCGUGAGGGCGUCGAGGCAAGACUAAACACCACCAACCGCACUCUCAAGCAGCACAAGCUAGAGGACCUGCUCUUUGUCAACGAAAAGCUGGCCGAGUACAAUACCCUCACGGAUCUAUUCGACGCCUUCAUCCAGAUCGACGCAGAGGACCUCGGCUACGUCUACGGUUGGCGGCUUGAGCAGGAGGACCACCUGCGAGAGGAGCGAGACGACCCCGAAGCGGGCAUGACCUCGCAAGAGGUUGUCAAGUUUGUCGAUGGCUACUACCCUGCCUACGAGCUCUACACUGAUAGCAUGAGAAAAGGCGUCUUUCCCAAUCGACCAGGCCGUCAGUUGAGAAUGGUGGUGGGCCGCGACAGAAAAGUAAAACAUGUUCGCCGAAUCUAA